UCAAGUGCUGAGGAGGAAGAAGUGAUGUUCCGUUAAUUUCGCCGGUUUUCGCCACAAGUAUCAGAGAGCACAGAAAGGAAGCGCGUGCCCGCGUGAUGCUCCGCUUGAGACCGCAACAUUUCAUUUGAAAUACGUCUAGCCUGCCCUUUUUGAAGGCCUGUUUAAGCCCAAGAAAAAUAUCAGACAGAUAACUCCCCUGACGUUUUUUUCUUGCUCAUUUUUUAUUUAAAUAAUAACCGAAAACUGAGCGAAUCCUCUUUUAUUUUUUGAAGACAAGGCAUUCUGAUAUAUUUCAACGUGAGGGGGUGACACCUCUCAAGCCGUGCAUCACCAGACAAGAGACAAGUGACUGCGCCAACAUGGGGUAUGGGAGAUCAGACAGUUACCGCGUUGCCACCACACAGGACAAAGAUGGCCAAUCCCCCAAGAAGAAGAAGGGGGAAAACAAGAACAUGGAUGACUUGAAGAAGGAAGUGCCCAUUACAGAACACAAAAUGUCCAUAGAGGAGGUUUGCAGGAAAUACCAGACUGAUAUUGUCCAGGGACUGACCAAUGCCAAGGCAGCAGAGAUUCUACAAAGGGAUGGUCCCAAUGCUCUCACACCUCCUCCUACUACUCCAGAGUGGGUCAAGUUCUGUCGCCAGCUGUUUGGUGGAUUCUCCAUCUUGUUGUGGACUGGCGCCAUCCUCUGCUUCCUGGCCUAUGCCAUCCAGGCAGUCACUGAGACUGAGCCUGCAAGAGACAAUUUGUAUCUAGGUAUUGUGCUCACAGCUGUCGUCGUCAUCACCGGUUGCUUCUCAUACUUCCAAGAGGCCAAGAGCUCUAAAAUCAUGGAGUCUUUCAAGAAGAUGGUGCCUCAGCAAGCAUUGGUGAUCCGGGAGGGUGAGAAGGUACAGCUCAACGCUGAAGAGGUGGUGGCCGGAGACCUGAUUGAAGUGAAGGGAGGAGACAGGAUCCCUGCUGACAUCAGGGUGGUUUCUGCUCAUGGCUGCAAGGUGGAUAAUUCCUCCCUGACAGGCGAGUCAGAACCUCAGAGUAGGUCACCUGACUGUACCCAUGACAACCCCUUGGAGACCCGAAACAUCACUUUCUUCUCCACCAACUGUGUGGAAGGCACAGCACGUGGCAUUGUUAUCUGCACUGGAGACCGCACAGCCAUGGGUCGCAUUGCUACUUUGACCUCUGGCCUGGAGACAGGCAAAACCCCCAUUGCCAAGGAGAUUGAACACUUCAUUCAUAUCAUCACAGGUGUGGCCGUCUUCUUGGGCAUCACAUUUUUUGUCCUAGCCAUCGUCCUGGGUUACAGCUGGCUGGAGGCUGUCAUCUUCCUCAUUGGCAUCAUUGUGGCUAAUGUGCCAGAAGGCCUACUGGCUACAGUCACUGUAUGUCUGACCCUGACUGCCAAACGUAUGGCUAAGAAGAACUGCCUGGUGAAGAACUUAGAGGCUGUGGAAACCCUGGGCUCUACCUCCACCAUCUGCUCUGACAAGACAGGCACCCUGACCCAGAACAGGAUGACUGUGGCCCACAUGUGGUUUGACAACCAGAUCCACGAGGCUGACACCACAGAAGACCAGUCUGGUGCCUCAUUUGACAAGAGUUCAGGGACAUGGCUGUCUCUGGCUCGUGUCGCCGCUCUGUGUAACCGUGCUCAGUUCAAAGCAGGACAAGACUCAUUGCCCAUCCUGAAGCGCGACGUUGCUGGCGAUGCCUCAGAAUCAGCCCUGCUGAAGUGUAUCGAGCUGUCUUGUGGCUCAGUCAGGGCGAUGAGGGAAAAGAACAAGAAGGUGGCUGAGAUCCCCUUUAACUCCACCAACAAAUACCAGCUCUCAGUGCAUGAAACAGAAGAUCCUAAUGACAACCGCUACCUGCUGGUGAUGAAGGGGGCCCCCGAGAGGAUCCUGGACCGUUGCUCCACCAUCCUGCUACAGGGCAAGGAGCAGCCUAUGGAUGAGGAGCUGAAGGAGGCUUUCCAGAAUGCCUACAUGGAGCUGGGAGGGCUGGGAGAGAGAGUGCUGGGUUUCUGCCACUUGCUGCUUCCAGAAGACCAGUACCCAAAGGCCUUUGCCUUUGACACGGAUGACGUCAACUUCCAGACAGACAACCUUUGCUUUGUUGGCCUCAUGUCCAUGAUUGACCCUCCUCGUGCUGCUGUACCUGAUGCUGUUGGUAAAUGCAGAUCUGCUGGUAUCAAGGUGAUUAUGGUCACUGGAGAUCAUCCAAUCACAGCCAAGGCCAUUGCCAAGGGAGUGGGCAUCAUCUCAGAAGGCAAUGAGACAGUGGAGGACAUUGCAGCUCGUCUCAACAUACCUGUCAACCAGGUUAACCCCAGGGAUGCAAAGGCCUGUGUGAUCCAUGGUACAGACCUGAAAGACCUGUCUCAGGAUCAGAUGGACGACAUCCUAAAGAAUCAUACCGAGAUCGUGUUUGCCAGGACGUCCCCACAACAGAAACUCAUCAUUGUAGAGGGCUGCCAGAGACAGGGUGCUAUUGUAGCUGUGACAGGAGACGGUGUGAAUGACUCUCCUGCACUGAAAAAGGCCGACAUUGGCGUUGCCAUGGGAAUCUCAGGUUCUGAUGUGUCCAAACAGGCUGCAGACAUGAUCUUGUUGGAUGACAACUUUGCCUCUAUUGUCACAGGCGUGGAAGAAGGCCGUUUGAUCUUUGAUAACCUCAAAAAGUCCAUCGCCUACACUUUGACUAGCAACAUCCCCGAGAUCACCCCUUUCUUGCUGUUCAUCAUCAUCAACAUUCCCCUGCCACUGGGAACCAUCACCAUCCUCUGUAUUGACCUGGGAACUGACAUGGUGCCAGCUAUCUCCCUGGCUUAUGAAGCAGCUGAGAGCGACAUCAUGAAGCGUCAGCCCAGGAACCCAUUCAGGGACAAGCUGGUGAAUGAGAGGCUUAUCAGCAUUGCCUAUGGACAAAUUGGUAUGAUCCAGGCUCUGGGAGGCUUCUUCGCCUACUUUGUAAUCUUGGCUGAAAAUGGUUUCCUGCCCAGUCAUCUAGUAGGUAUCAGACUCAGGUGGGAUGAGCGGACUGUCAACGACCUAGAAGACAGCUAUGGACAGCAAUGGACAUAUGAGCAGAGGAAGAUUGUGGAGUUCACGUGCCACACAGCCUUCUUUGUCAGUAUUGUAGUAGUGCAAUGGGCUGAUGUCAUCAUCUGCAAGACCAGACGUAACUCUGUGUUCCAGCAGGGCAUGAAGAACAAGAUCUUGAUCUUUGGCCUUAUUGAAGAGACAGCCCUGGCUGCCUUCCUGUCCUACUGCCCAGGCAUGGAUGUGGCACUCAGGAUGUAUCCUCUAAAGCCUAGCUGGUGGUUUUGUGCAUUCCCUUAUAGUUUUCUCAUCUUUGUAUAUGAUGAAGUCCGAAAACUUAUACUCCGUCGAAACCCUGGAGGUUGGGUGGAGAGGGAGACAUACUAUUGAUCCAGUGAGCAUCUUUGCUCAAACCCUGACAUUUUCCACUUAUUUCUCCUCCAUCAGUCCAUCCCUGGCAAGACACAUCUCCAGAUGCUCUGCCUCCUCAAAGACAAAAACCGCUUUAAAGCAGUUUUCAUCACAACUGCCCCAAAGAUUAAAAACAACAAAAGCACCUUUACCACUUUAUACAUUGACCCAUCCCUCCUUUCUC